AUGCAUAUCUUGGUGGUCAAUGAUGAUGGGCCCCCAAACAAGCGCGUGUCGCCCUACGUCCGCCCACUGGUCGACGAGCUCCAAGCAGCCGGCCACCUCGUCUCAGUGGCAAUCCCAGGCUCAUCACGCUCAUGGAUCGGAAAGGCCCACAUAAUUGAAAACACCUUAACCGCAAACCUUGUACACCCAGACGCUUUCCGAGACGAUGGUUCUUGGGAUGAGGCGUAUCAGCCCAGCGAGAACAACAACGCUCCGAACUCCGAGUGGGUUGUCGUACAGAAUGGUACUCCGGCCAGCUGUACCCAGCUAGGCUUGUACAACCUGUUUCCCGACCGCCCACCCAUCGACCUAGUUAUUUCCGGCCCGAAUCAUGGCCGGAACGCUUCGACCAUCUACAAUCUCUCGUCCGGCACAGUGGGCGGUGCUCUUGAAGCGGUAUUCUGCAGUAAACGGGGGAUUGCCAUCUCAUUCGGUAGCAAAGACCUGCAACCUGCUGAUGUGAUCGCUGCUGCUGCUAGACUGGCUGUGCGCUUGGUGGAUUAUCUCGUGCUUAAUUGGGAUGAGCGCGUCGAGCUCUAUAACAUCAAUGUUCCCAUGCGGUUGGAUGUCGAGUCGCAGCCCAUUUUGUAUACCCGCACUCUACCCUACUACUGGUCACGGGGCUGUCUGUAUGCUGAGACGGAUAAGGCGUUGACGAAUGGUGCGAAAUCGCAGUCUAAUGGUGUGGCGGCUGUCAAUGGUGGCGAGUCAGGAAGCAAGACGCGUAGCUUCAAGUGGUUGGCAGAUCUGUCGGACAUGAAGCAGAGGCUUCAGGAGAGUGAGGAGGGGACAGAUGCCCAUACUGUGUUGAAUGGUAGCACUAGUGUGACUGCCCUCCGCGCAAACUUCUGGCACGUUCCAGGCCUCGAAGGCCCGUUGAUCCUAGAUCAAUAA